CCAGACCUUCUUUUGAACCUUCUUUUAAGCAUUCUUCUUCUAUUAAUCGCCCCUUCAACAAUUUAUUCAAUUUAUUCAAAUCCCACUCAAUCCUUCAAUGUUCAGCUGGAAAGUGUAAAAACUUUAAAAACACUCAAGAUCUUUCCUCUGCACACUCAAUCUCAAUCCCAUCCCUCACCUUCAUCCCUAGCUGUACGCCCUUCUUCCACCAAGAUAUCCUCAAGUUGUACAACGUUAGGGGCAAUUGAAAAAAGGAACAGACAGACAGACAUUCCGAUACGACAAUUCUUGUGUCUGGAAUUCAUCCAAUCUUUGUUCAAUUACCAUAUCAUCGACAACGCCAAGUACAGAUUCAUAUCGGGAAUUUCGUGAAUCAUUACACAUUGGAUAUCAUACACAAUCACCAUUGGUCCGGAAUCAUCACACUUGAUCAGGAGAAGGCCAAGCUCACCUCACACAACUUUCACCACUACUCAUAGGUUUUCCUGCUUGAAAUCCAAGUAUUACGCAACCGUCAAAUUACACAAAGUUUGGAAAGAGAAAGUCGAAACUCAAUCCUUCAGUGCCUAAUCAUCCUUCAAAGGAUAUUCCCAGUAUUUAAAGCUUUUACAAUCACGCCUUUUUAUCAGCUCGAACACUGCCACGGUCAAUUGUUAAGGCCUGCCUCGCCAUAAAACUCAAUCUUACUUUUAACGUACAAUCGCAUCCUCAGCUAUCAUGAAGGGCCGCCCGAUUGAUCAGCUCGUUUACGAGUGCAUGUUUCCAAAACCAAAAACAGGCGAUCCUCAAAGUUUUCAAGCCUUUCUCCAGCGAAGUCUUGUGCCGGAAGUUCGUCACGAAACUCAAGCAUUCUAUGGUCACUUAACUUCGCAGGAAGCAAAGUACCCCGGCUUAGAUUAUUCAUAUCCACCGCAUCGGGUUCGACUAUCGAGAUUUCCAUGGCACAGACGACUAUUUCGAGCCUUUGAUAACCUGAAACUUACGAACUAUGAAAUUGCGACCUUGACAAAAUGGGAAGGUACACGUUGGGCAAAGGAGAGAUUUGAGAAGGAACAAGGAAUUAUUAUUAGGGAUACAACUGGUGAUGGAAUUGAGGAUUGGGUAUCGCCGGAAUUAAGGCCUGUGAGUGUGCGACCUGUAGUGUCAUCGGAUAAAGGAGAAGAAGAAGAAGAAUUGGAAGAUGAUGGAGAAUUGGAGGAGAAUGAAAGAGAGGAAGAUGAUGGAGAGAGUGAUAGUGAAAUUACAAGCGUGGGAACGGCAUUGAACGAGAGGUUGAGAGCUGCUGCUGCUCAAAGAGAAGCAGGAAAUUUAACUGCACCAAUGGAUGAAGAAUGGGAACAAUGGUUAAAGGAUGCAGUUGAGAGAGGAAACAUUGAUAUCUCAAGUGCUGAAUUGAAUCCGGAUGCCAAUGUCGUGGGUACUCGACCAACUCCUAGUGGAUCACAAGUCAAUGCUCCACCUUCAGGUCAAUUCACCAAUCUUUCCAGAGGAUCGAAUUCAAAUAUGUUAUUUGAGACAAUCGAUAGAACACGCAGUCGACCAAAUACCUUUACUGAUUACCAUCUAAGCACCAACUCACAUCUUCGUGUAUCACCAAGGCUUGAAAGUCAAAGUGUUCUCACUACAGUCGAUAUCGUAAGACGAGAGGCAGAAAGACCAACGGAAAUGGAACAUCGGGAUAUUCGAUACGAAUAUGCUACAAUACAGCCAGGUUCUACUUCAUAAAAUCAUCUUUUAUCCAUCAAGAUGAUUUGUUCUACUCAUUUAUUUCAAUCAUCCUAUUCUAAAAGGAACCAACCCAAUUUUCUUACCCCAAUUAUUACAUCGAGUAUCGGCGUUCAGAUGUCCUACAUAUCAUGAUAUUUUCAUGAUUACUUUGGGGAUGGCGGGCGUUCUCACCAUAUUAUUGGUGAAGUGGGGUUAGGCAGGAUAGGGUGAAGAUUUUUGGGGGGCGGGCUUAUUGUUUUUGGUGUGUCUCUAUUGUUAUCAUUGAGAUUUGGUGAUUCUCUCAACUUUAUUUUAUCUACUUAGGUAGUUUAAUUUGAAAUUUGAUCUGAUCAUAAUUGAUUGAUUGGAUUAGAUGAGAUGGGAUUAAAUCAAAUCAAAUUAUUUCUA